GUCCAUGUAAGUUUUGUUGCUCGGUACGCGGAUUUUUAAAAAUCAAACUCUAACAAGAAGUAUACAAUGGUUAAAGCAAUUACAAUAAAAUAUUUGAGUUUAUUCAUUCUUGUAUUUCAAAAUCUACUUUAUAUUCUAUGUAUGCGUCAUGUAAGAUCACGAACAAUACAAAUGUUCAAUUCUUCAUCUAUGGUAAUCAUGAGUGAAUGUUUAAAAUUUUUAACAUGUCUAUUAAUACUAAGUGUAACUGGUGAAUUAAAACGAUGUAUUAAACUAUUACAACGUAAUCCAUUCGAUGUUUGGAUGACUUUUAUACCAGCUAUAAUUUAUGUUAUACAAAAUCGUCUUCUUAUUACAGCUUUAAGUAAUUUAGAUGCUGUGACAUUUCAGGUGGCUUAUCAAUUGAAAUUAUUUACUACAGCAUUAUUCAGUAUGCUUAUUCUUCGUAAACCAAUCAGUGUAAUGCAAUGGUUUGCAUUAGUGCUAUUGUUUAUUGGUGUUGCAACAGUAGAAACACCGGUGAAUUCAAAUCAACCAACAAAUCAACCAAUCAUAACGUCUAAUCCUUCAUUAGGAUUAUUCUGUGUUGUAUGCGCAUCUAUAUUGUCUGGUUUAGGAUGUGUAUUUUUUGAAAUGCUUUUAAAAAAUACCAAAAAAUCUUUAUGGCAUCGUAAUAUUGAAUUAGCUUUUGCAUCAAUUAUCACUGGUAUACCUGUACAAUUAUUAACUGAUUGGAAUGAUAUUGCACAAAAUGGAUAUUUUCACGAUUUUGAUUGGUUUGUUUGGUUUGUGGUAUUUCUACAUGCAUUUGGUGGUUUAUUAGUAGCAUUAGUUGUGAAAUAUGCUAACAAUAUUCUUAAAGCAUUCGCCUGUUGUGUGUCAAUUAUCCUGUCAUGUGCAUUUUCAGUUCUGUUCCUUGGAAUGCAUUUGAGUAACAGUUUUAUUUUUGGCACAUUAACUGUUAUUGUAUCAUCUGUUCUGUAUUCAAUUUAUCCUCCGAAAAUAAAUACGCAAUAGAAAAAUCGUAUUACUGAUUUCACUGAUUAAACAACGACGUUAUGAUAGAUAAUUCUAGUCCUUUUUCUAACUCGAUAUUUGACCUCCUAAUAUUUUGUUUAUACUAUUUCAACUACUUGUAAGUAGUAUAAACCUGAGUUAGAAAUUUCAGAGAGAACUGGUCUCAGGUCGAACAUGGUCGUUCAUUCUGUAAACUAUUUUUUAAUUAAAUUUAAGUUGAUCUUUUGUUAAGAACUGUAUUAAUUUUCUCUUCAUAAUUGUUUUUUUUACAUCUUUUUGUAUACAUCAUUUCACUCUAUUAAUUGCUUAAUAGUUAUUUUAAAUAAUUUCUGGAAAUAUAUAUGAUAUUCUAAAA